CGCCGUGGGAACUACUGCGUUUUUGUUUGUUGCUUUACGACCAGAGCUCAAAGUUGAAAGCGACUGAAGCCGUAUUGGAUGUAGAUUCUCGCCGGCGUGAUGGUCGUUCCCCGCUGGACGGACGCGAGACCUGUUCAAUAACUUACUCGAGAAGUCGUUUUGCUAUUUUUAAAUAGUUGACUGCCAGCAUCUGUAGGAUAACGUUGUGUUGUGCAAAUAAAUGACCUGAGGUAAAUGGCUUGCAUGGUUUAUUUGUUGCCUAGGUGGCGUUCACAGUCAGGAAGUCAUGUCCAGAUCGGGUGAUAGAACAUCCACCUUUGACCCAACACACAGUGACACCCUGCUGCACGGGCUCAAUCUCUUAUGGAGAAAACAGCUUUUCUGUGAUGUGACUCUCACUGCCCAGGGACAGCAGUUCCACUGCCACAAAGCCGUGCUGGCAUCCUGCUCCCAGUAUUUCAGAUCUCUCUUCUCCUCCCAUAAUGUAAUCAACAAUGAGGGGAGCAAAGGGGACCAGGGCAGCAGUGGGACCCCCUCAUCCUCUCCUGAUGACAAGCUGGUGACCCCCAGCGCAAGGCCCAUCAAUAACCUGGUACUCCAGGGCUGCUCCUCCAUUGGACUACGAUUAGUGCUGGAGUACCUGUACACUGCCAACGUGACUCUUUCCCUGGACACAGUGGAAGAGGUGCUGUCAGUCAGCAAGAUCCUCAACAUCCCCCAGAUUACCAAGCUCAGCGUGCAGUUUCUCAACGACCAGAUCUCUGUGCAGAACUACAAGCAGAUCUGCAAGAUUGCCGCACUCCAUGGACUGGAUGAGACCAAGAAGCUGGCCAACAAGUACCUGGUGGAGGAUGUGCUGCUGCUGAACUUUGAGGAGAUGUGUGCCAUGCUAGAUGCUCUGCCACCUCCUGUGGAGUCAGAACUGGCUCUAUUCCAGAUGUCAGUCCUCUGGCUGGAGCAUGACCGGGAGACUCGCAUGCACUAUGCGCCGGACCUUAUGAAGAGGCUGCGCUUCGCCCUUAUACCUGCUCCAGAGCUGGUGGAGAGGGUGCAGUCUGUUGACUUCAUGAGGAGUGACCCUGUGUGCCAGAAACUACUCCUGGAUGCCAUGAACUACCACCUAAUGCCCUUCAGGCAGCACUGUAGGCAGUCCGUGGCCAGCAGAAUCCGUUCCAAUAAGAGACUGCUGUUACUGGUGGGUGGUUUGCCUCCUGGACCUGAUCGUCUCCCCAGCAAUUUGGUCCAGUACUAUGACGACGAGAAAAAGACAUGGAAGAUCCUCACAAUAAUGCCUUACAACAGCGCCCAUCACUGCGUGGUGGAGGUGGAGAACUUUCUGCUGCUGCUGGGCGGAGAGGACCAGUGGAACCCCAACGGAAAGCACAGUACUAAUUUUGUCAGCCGCUAUGAUCCCAGAUUCAACAGUUGGAUACAGUUGCCUCCUAUGCAGGAGAGGAGAGCCAGUUUCUUUGCCUGCCGCCUGGAUAAGCACCUGUACGUGAUUGGUGGUAGGAACGAGAGCGGCUACCUCUCCAGCGUGGAGUCCUACAACCUGGAGACCAAUGAGUGGAACUACGUGUCGUCUCUGCCGCAGCCCCUGGCAGCCCAUGCAGGAGCCGUGCACAACGGCAAGAUCUACAUAUCAGGAGGAGUUCACAAUGGAGAGUACGUGUCCUGGCUCUACUGUUAUGACCCUAUAAUGGACGUGUGGGCUAGGAAACAGGAUAUGAACACAAAGCGUGCCAUUCAUGCCCUGGCUGGAAUGAACGACCGCCUAUAUGCUAUUGGUGGAAACCAUUUGAAAGGUUUCUCCCAUCUAGACGUGAUGUUGGUGGAGUGUUACGACCCAAAAGCUGAUCAGUGGAACAUCCUGCAGACACCUAUCCUGGAAGGUCGCAGCGGCCCGGGCUGUGCUGUUUUGGAUGACAGCAUCUUCCUCGUGGGGGGCUACAGCUGGAGCAUGGGGGCCUAUAAGUCUUCUACCAUCUGCUACAGCCCAGAGAAAGGAACAUGGACAGAGUUGGAGGGAGAGGUGGCAGAGCCCUUAGCGGGCCCAGCCUGUUCCACCGUCAUACUGCCUGCCUGCCUUCCCUUUAACAAAUGACAACUAAAGGCGAGUGAGGAGCGGCGGAGUGAAUGGGAGGAGGACCAUCAAUAAGCAAAACAGUUGUCAACAAUUUUGUGACAAACCCUCUGGUCAGACGACGGGGGUGUGUAUAAAUUAUUUUUUUACAGGUUUGACCAGAGCACUUUCGUUAUUCCCUACUGAAGGUUUGAAAAAAAAAAAAAGAAGAAGAAUUGUGUAACUCAUGUAUUUAAACUCAUCUGUGUUCUGAGAAAUGGUCAGUUUCAUAUUUGAUUUAAUUUAAACUGAUAGUAAGUGUUUUUGGCUUCUCUUCUAUAGCACGCAUAGUGUUGAACUGAAUUAUAGCUUUCAAAUCCAUUGUAUCUUGUAUUCAGUAGAGGCAUAAUUCCAGCAAAAUGCAGUGUUGUUUCCUGGACUGACACUGGGAGUAAUGGUGAUCAGUCCCAAACUGUCAUGGGGUUAAGUUAACUAGGGCUGGGUGGGUUACAUUAACCGUGAUGAUCAAAGUGUAUAAAUAUUCUUCAUCACUAAUGGUACAACUCAUUUUUCUCUGGCUGGAUUGUGCACUUAUCCCCCUGCAUCACCUGGUUGGAUCAUUAUGCAACUGUUGCGUUCUUUCUCUGAAAAUGAACAUAUUUACGUGUCUAAAAAGUUUCCAGAAACAUUUCCUAACUGCAGUUGGCAUUAUUUAACUGACAUACAAACAAAAAUACAUUGCAACUAGACAUGCCAGCAGGUAUCCCGGGGUCUAAACACUGUAAAAAAAAAGACACAGUUACACAAUGAUCUUCAUGAGGAUGUGUCCAUGUCACCCAGCUCUAAUUUUUAACAAAUUAUCUUAAUCAUUUACACCCAGACUGAAGUCGUGUUUCUGUAUAACUUGUUGAACACAGAGUUCCUUACAGGUUAUCUGCUUGACAGAAAAAAUCUUGCCAAAUGUUUGUGGCAACUAUUCUUCGUGGUGCAAACAAAACAAUUUAAGGUUUACCAUUGAUUCGUAAAUAUUCCUAUGACGCACUAAUUAUACUAUGAUGGUACAAUCAAAUUGUAAUUGCUAGCCAAUGUAUUUAUGGGUAGCAUGUUUGGGUAAACAUAUGGAGAGAACAGUAGUUUGGUUUGUUCUCCUUCAAGUUAAUGCUAACAGGCCCGUUUAUGAGGCCACGUAGCAUUACCUUUAUGGGAUUUUAAUCUUUAAUGUAUGAAAAACAAACAAGCAUACAGUGGUCCUUAAUGCACUAAUGGUGAACUUUUAAUUCAGCACUUUUAAUUCACUACAAUGUAAAUUAAUUAAUGUGCUGUGUUUAAAAAAAUGAUCUUCAGUACGAAUGAAUCAAAGUCCAGUUUAGUCUACGUUACUAGGUUCGAAAAGUUGACUCUAAAUAUCGAUGCAGUACCUGUUCUGUAAAGAUUUGUUGAUUUCAUUCUUGUACAUAAUCGCUUGCAGUGAAACAUUUUUGUGCACUCAACCUUGGAUUUAUUCUCAAAUCCUGUUAUGUCCUUUGCAUUUUAGAA